AUGAGCGCCGCGUCCGCGCUCGCGUCGCGCGCGCGCGUUUCGUCGUCGUGGUCCAAGAGAACCCGCGGCGCCGCGGCGCAUUCGCGCUCCAUCGCGCGCGUCCGCGCGGCGCGUGCGGCGUCGCCCGCGACGACGACGCCGGAAAACGACCGAUCGCCGACGCGCGAAGAUCGCAAACCGAAGAUCGCGGUCGUCGGCGCGGGAUGGGGCGGCUUCGGCGCGGCGAAAGCGCUCUGCGAGGCUGGAUGCGACGUGACCCUCCUCGACGGCAUCCCGGACCCCACGGGAGCGACGCCGUCGACGACGCCGUCGGGGAAGCCGUUCGAGUACGGCACGCGCGGGUUCUGGAAGGACUACCCGAACAUCGAAGCGAUGCUCGCGGAGACUGGGGUGCGAGAGGAGGACGUCUUCACGCCGUUCACCGCGUCGAGCUUCUUCUCCCCGGACGGUCUGGAGGCGACCGCGCCGGUGUUCAGCGCGAGCGAGUUCCCGCGACUCCCCUCGCCGCUCGGGCAGGUCUUCGCGACGUUCGAUAACUUCCGUCGCCUGCCCUUGAGCGACCGCGCGUCCAUGGUCGGCCUCCUGUACGCCACGCUCGACCUCGGGAGAGACGACGCGACGUUUCGCGCGUACGAUCGAAUGACCGCGCACGACCUGUUCAUACGCAUGGGGUUGAGUAAACGUCUCGUGGACGACUUCAUCCGCCCGACGUUGCUCGUGGGGCUGUUCAAACCCCCCGAGGAGCUCAGCGCCGCGGUCACGAUGGAGCUCUUGUACUACUACGCGCUCGCGCAUCAGGACUCGUUCGACGUUCGGUGGAUCGCGAGAGGGACGGUGACGUCGUCGCUGAUUCGCCCGCUCGCGGAGCGCCUCGUCGAGAGACACGGGUUGAAAGUGUUGGGCGGGUGCCGCGUCGAGGAGGUGACCGUGGACGAGGCGAGAGGCGUCGCGACGGGGUUGACGUACGUCGAGAACGCGACGGGGAAGACGCGCGCGUUGGACGACGUCGACGCCGUCGUUCUCGCGCUCGGCGCCAAAGGCACGCGCGCGGUCGUGUCAUCGUCCCCCGGGCUCGCGCGCGCCGCGCCGGAGCUCUCUCGCGCGGCGUCUCUCGGCGGCAUCGACGUCGUCACGACGAGGAUAUGGCUGGACAGGUACGUGCGGGUGGAGAACCCCGCGAACGUGCUGUCGCGGUUCGACGGCUUGCGCGGCGCCGGCGGGACGUUUUUUAUGCUCGACAUGCUGCAACGCGAACACGAGGUCGAGCUCUGGGGCGGGGAAGAACCGAAAGGGAGCGUCCUCGCGUGCGACUUUUACAACGGCGGCGCCGUCGCGUGCAUGUCCGACGAGGAUAUAAUCAAGUUACUCAUGGACGAGCUCCUCCCCGCCGCGGUGCCCGCGUUCGCGGAGGCGAAUGCGCUGGACUCGCACGUCGUUCGAUGCCCCGGCGCGGUGACGUGGUUCUCCCCCGGGUCGUUCGAAUCCCGGCCGCCGUUGCAGACGUCGCUGUCGAACGUCGUCUGCGCGGGGGAUUGGGUGCGGAUGGGCGAACGCGAGCACGGCGCGAAGGGUUUGUGUCAAGAGAGGGCGUACGUGUCCGGGUUGGAGGCGGCGAACGCGUUGACGCGAAGUCGCGACGCGCUGGCGGACGUUCGCGCGCGCGGCGGCGUCGGUGGGCCGCAUCCGGUGUUGCCCGUGCGCGCGGACGAGAUGCAGGUGGUGUUGGGAAGGGCGGCGAAUAAGGCGGUGAUGGACGCGCUGACGCCGUUCGGGCUCGCGUCGCCGUGGGUGCGGUGACGAGGGGGCGACGGAGCGUGAGAGAGAUUUCCACCGGUGUGCGAUGAAAUCUGAGCCCAGAUCGACCGAUCGAAACUUUUGAAAGGAAAACGUUCACCGCG